CUACACUUCCUCCCAUAAAGUGCUUCAUAUGGUGGAACACCCAAACUACUAUGGUACUGAUUGUUGUAAGCAAACUCAAUCAGGGGCAAAUGGUCAAUCCAUGAUUCCUCCCAUUGCAUUACACAUGAUCGAAGUAAUUCCUCCAAAGUUAGGAUGGUUCGUUCACUCUGCCCAUAUGUUUGAGGAUGAUAAGCUGAAGUAAAAUGCAGUUUAGUUCCCAAGGCAUCAUGUAAACUUUGCCAAAACCGAGAUGUGAAGCUCGGGUCUCGAUCAAAGACAAUAGAAAUUGGCACACCAUGAAAUCUGACGAUCUCCUUAAUAUAUAGUUGAGACAAGGUCUCCAGUGAUGGUUUCCAUCUAAUGGGUAAAAAUUGAGUCGAUUUGGUCAGUCGGUCCACAAUAACCCAUACUGCAUCUUUUCCCCUUGAUGAUGGGAGACCAUAUACAAAAUCCAUUGUGAUUCUUUCCCACUUCCAUUCUGGAAUUGGAAGUGGUUGCGGUUUUCCCACAGGAGCUUGAUGUUCUGCCUUAACUUUCUGACAUACCAGACAUGUGAAAACAUGUUCAGCCGCUUCCUUUUUCAUCCCACGCCACAAAAAAUAUGGUUUGAUAGUGUGAUACAUUUUAGUUGCUCCUGGGUGCAUAGCAUAAGCAAAAGAACGAGUUUCAUCUAGGAUCUCUUUCCUCAAGUUAUCAACAUUAGGAACACAUGCCCUUCCAUUAAUCUUCAACAUGCCAUCUACCAUUUCAAAUGGGCUUUCUUUUCCUUCCUCAAUGUCUUGAAUGAUAUUUGCCAACUCUGGGUCCUCCUUAUGCUUCUCACGAAUUUUGUCAUGCAAGAUGGUAGAUUUUUCAUGAUUAUUGUAUUUGGAUUCACAUGUGGAAAAAUAUAUAUUCCCUGGUGAUAUUAUGACGUUUAAGGAGGAUGACUGGCACGAGGGUUUAUCCCUAGGAAGUGCAAUUAUACGACUCCUGAUUUACCUAUGUUGAGUCAAUUGUGGCCAGGUCCAGUACAUGUGCAAGUAAAGAAUUAUGAUUAAGCAAGAUGAGAUAUGGAUCAUGGAUAAGGAUACCAAGUAAGAGUACUUUGGUCUCAUGGUCAAUUACAUAGUAAUUAGGGCUCCCCAUGCUAUUACUCCGCUAUGAUAUGUUAUGUCACACCCCUGAUGUGGUGUUAACCAUUGAUUCAUCAUGAGAUAUGACCACACCCAGAGUGGUGUUGAGUCCGAUAUGACCACACCCAGCGUGGUGUCAGGUCCGAUAUGACUACACCGGCACUGGUGGGUCCGAUAUGACCACAUCCACGAGAUGUUUGGUCCGUAUUCCCGGGAGAGUAAUUAGCAUGGGAGUAGCCAGGCGCCUAUGAUUAAAACAUGAUAAGAUGCAUAUGCAUAAGUCAAGGUGGUUGAGUCUUUUGCCUAUUGGGAUAUGAGGAUGGCGGAGGUCCGAUCCUAGUGUUUUGGCUUGAUUGUUAGAUGUGUGAUAGGGGUAUGCUCUGUUAUGAACUCACGAUGCUAUGAUUAUCUCACUCAGCUAUAAGCUGACCCUCUUUUAUUCUUCUUCUCUGCUUAUGCUAUGUGUAAGAAGAUCAUCAGCAGCAGCAGUAGAUAGGUGUAUAGGUGGGAGCUGAGCAAGAGUUGAAGGCAAGAUGAUGUAUGGUCUUCAACUAUUCUGUGCUUGGACUACUAUUCGGGAUUGUGGCCAGUGAUCCGCACUUUUUUGUAAAAAUGUUUUGAGAACGUUUUUCAUGUGCAUACUAGCUUCUGAUGUAGUGUCAGAUAUCCACAGGUGUGAAAAGUUGAUGAUAUGUGUAUAUGUUGUGUAACUGUGUAAUUUGUGACGAUUAUGGUAUGUAUAAGUAUGGUAUGCAGUUGUGGAGUAUGAAAAGUGUGGCUAUGGCUAAGAAAAGCCAAUGCAUAUGGUUGUGAGUAUAUAUGUUUGUGAUGAAUUAUUUUGCAGGAUAAGUUGCAAGAACUGUUAGCCCAUUACGUUUUGGUGCUUUGUUUUGUUUGGUUAUGAAAAAUCCAGGUAGAGCCGGCCGUGGGUGCAGCACUAUUAGCUUGGAAUUUCUUGAUGAAAGAUUCGCAAUGAAAUGGUAGCAACAAAUCCGCCAUUGCCAAAAUGGUGACCAUCGGUGCGAAGCUUAUAUAAAAUAAUGGCAUGCCUGUUGUAUAUUUGGGAGAAGAAAAGUGUAUGUGAAGUGAAUGUGGAAGAGUAUGAUUAUGUAUUGCGGGUGGGGGGUAAUGAACUUUGUAUUAGUGACCUCAAAUCAGUCUUUUCUAAGAUUGAUUUGAGGUCCGGAUACCAUCAACUGAAAGUGGCAGAUGGAGCGACCUCAAAGACAGCUUUUAGAACAAGAUAUGGGCAUUAUGAGUUCCUGGUAAAUCCUUUUGGACUCACUAGUGCACCAGCGGUAUUUAUGGCUCUUAUGAACAGAGUUUUUCAGGAAUAUCUUGAUAAGUUUGUGAUUGUGUUCAUAGAUGAUAUUCUCAUCUAUUCUAAAAGCGAGGAGGAGCACAAAAUUCACCUUAGAAUUGUGUUGCAAAUUCUAAGUGAGAAACAAUUAUAUGCAAAAUUCUCAAAAUGUGAGUUUUGGCUGAAGGAGGUAAUAUUUCUGGGACAUGUAAUUUCUGGAAGAGGUGUCGAGGUGGAUCCGAAAAAGGUGGAAGCAGUGGUGAGUUGGGCUCCACCAAAAGAUUUGUAUGAGUUGAGAAGUUUUCUUGGCAUGGCGGGUUACUAUCGGCGGUUUGUAGAAGGAUUUUCCAAAAUUGCUGCACCAUUGACUAAGCUGUUGAGGAAGAAUACCAAGUAUGUUUGGGAUGAAUCAUGUCAAAAGAGUUUUGAUGAACUGAAGAAGAAAUUGACCACAGCACCAGUGCUUGCUUUACCUUCAAACCAUGGGGAGUUUGUGGUGUAUAGUGAUGCCUCAUAUCAAGGAUUGGAUUGUGUGUUAAUGCAAGAUGGAAGAGUCAUCGCAUACGCCUCUAGGCAAUUGUGUCCUCAUGAAGUAAAUUACCCCACUCAUGACUUGGAAUUGGCAGCGGUGGUUUUUGCUCUCAAGAUAUGGCGACAUUAUUUGUAUGGUGAGACUUUUAAAAUCCUAACUGAUCACAAAAGCUUGAAGUAUAUUUUGGAUAAGAAGGAUUUAAAUAGUCGCCAGAGGAGAUGGAUAGAAUUGUUGAAAGAUUAUGAUUGAACCAUUGAUUACCAUCCAGGUAAAGCUAAUGUAGUUGUUGAUGCUCUGAGCAGAAAAGGCAAGAAGAAUAUUGAUGCUCUAAAACACAACACCAAACUGCGACCAAGUAUAAUCGCAGUCCGGGAAUGCAGUAAAGUGACAAGUUAUAUUAUCAACCCGGGGUCUAGAUCUACUGCUUACUCAGCGAUUCUCUAUUAUCUAGCCAACUAAGUUAAGUGGUUGUUGUGUAAAAGCAAAAGCAGAAAGAAAGCAGGAAUUGAUACGGUUUUCUCAAGCAAGUAAGAGUCACUCGGGAAUGAGUCCCCCUAGCUCCUUAGUUAGGUUUCAAUUGUAUUUCCCUGGGUUGAUUUACUGUUGAUUAGACUGUGGAAGAUCCGGCAGUAGCUUGGAAUCUCUUAAGCUGACCAAGCCCUCUCAGUCUAACUACCCGGCAGACGACUAGUCUUCACCGGGAUAGAAAGCUGAAGCAGUAAGAACAGAACUCCACUACUGGAAUUGGAUUCCAGUACAAAGCAGUAAACUGGCUAACUCUCGUAUAGCCAAUCUCCUACUACCGAAUGAUGAGACUCUAGCAACCUAAUCAGAUUCUAUCUAUCUCGGAUUGCAGCAGGAAUCAGGAAAAGUUGAUCAGACUUCAAUUGACUCAAUAAACAUGCAUCAUUCGAUUAAAAUCAAACAGUAAUAUCAUCCAAAGUCAUUACAAUCAAUCCCUAACACAUAGAACUAGGGUUCUUCAUCCCCAAGUGAGAGAGUGGUUCUACUCCAUAGAGAGAGAGAGAGAGAGAGGAAAACAAGGUACAAAGCAGUCAUACUCAUUACAAUGGGAAGAAUCUGCUCUGGGAUGAUGAUUUCCACUCCUAUGACGAUCUGCAAGCUCGAUUUGAUGAAACCCAGCUCCAAGAUAGCUUCUAGGAUGUGUUCUUCGUACGUUAUCUCUCUAGGGCUCUGUUUUUGCUCAAAAAGUCCGAUCCUCUCUCUUGCAGCCCGAAAUUGGGUUAAAACCAGGAAUUCCCGACUCACACAGGCAGGGCCACAUGGGCGUGUGGCAUACCCAGUUGCCCGUGUGACUUCAAAACGCUGCGUCCGGAUUAGUUGAACUUCAGGCUUCCUACACGGCCAGGGUCACACGGCCGUGUGGAUCACCAUGCCUGGCCGUGUGAAGCCUCGCAGAAUUCCACACGGCCAAAGCACUCCUUCACACGGCCGUGUGGAUAUCAGGGCAAGCCGUGUGAAGGCUCGCACAAUCUCACACGGCCAAAGUGGUCACUUGCACGGCCGUGUGAGUUGUGGGUGUGCCCGUGUGGCUUCCUUUUCGACUUGCCUCGCGCCCGAUCUUCGUCCAAUCGACCCCGAACUCGCUCCUAAACCUUCCUUCACUUGCUAGGACUUGAAAUAUCACAAACAAACACAACCUAGCGUAAAAUCGGCCUAAAACACGAGAAUUACCAUCUCAAACGGCUCCAGAAUAGGGGUAAAAACAUGUGCAAUUAUUUGGAAGUGGAUGGUGUAACAGGGUUACUAGCUCGGUUGAACAUUCGACCUUUGUUGCACGACAAAAUCUGUGAGAAGCAGAAGGAGGACCGAGAGUUGGCAAAAAUCAUUCAAGACAUUGAGGAAGGAAAAGAAAGCCCAUUUGAAAUGGUAGAUGGCAUGUUGAAGAUGAAUGGAAGAGCAUGUGUUCCUAAUGUUGAUAACUUGAGGAAAGAGAUUCUAGAUGAAGCUCAUUCUUCUGCUUAUGCUAUGCACCCAGGAGCAACUAAAAUGUAUCACACUAU